UUCGCAUGGAGAAGCUGCUUAUAAUAUCAGAUUCAAUCAAACCCUAAUUACUCUUGUGCUUCGAGUAGCUUCACUCGGCACCACAAUCAAAUGAGGGUUCUGCAACUGGGCUUGUUGCUUGCUUUGGCAUCUGGAUUUGUAGCAAUUUCCAUUUAUAUCACCGGACUCUCUGAUCCUUCUGUAUAUCCGAAUUAUCACCUCACAGAUGAAGACACGGAAGCGUUGCUUUCGUUGCACAACAGUUUCCAGAAGUGUGUGAGUGCAAAUGGACUUGGUCUGAAAGCAGAUAGGGGCAGCGAUUAUUGCCAUACCACAAUAAAGUUCCCCAGUGACACCAUCCCCAAAUGGAGAGAUCCCAAAACCGGGGAACUUGAAGCUUUGUCUUUUGAUUUUAAUCUAUGUGAAGCUGUGGCUACAUGGGAACAGGUGCGAAACAGUACCACUAUACUCACCAAGGAAUUCAUUGAUUCUUUACCAAAUGGAUGGGAGGAAUAUGCAUGGCGUAGGAUCAAUAAAGGAAUACUUCUCAACCGCUGUGAGAACAAGAACUUGUGCAUGGACAAACUUUCACUAGUGCUCCCUGAAACUCCACCAUACUUCCCAAGGCAGUUUGAGCGCUGUGCUGUUAUUGGUAAUUCGGGAGAUCUCUUGAAAACAAAAUUUGGGAAGGAGAUAGAUAGUUAUGAUGCUGUAAUUAGAGAAAACGGUGCUCCAACACAGAACUACACUGAUUAUGUGGGUAGGAAAAGCACGUUUCGCCUUCUAAACCGAGGAUCUGCCAAAGCACUGGAUAAAGUUGCAGAAUUAGAUGAACAAAGAAAAGAAGUCUUGAUAAUAAAAACAACAAUCCAUGACAUCAUGAGCAAAAUGAUUCGGGUAUGUUUCUUUAUCAAAAGAAACCAUCUUCUAAAAUCCUUACUUUAUAUUUGUUGUGCUGUGCCACAACUACAAUUCUAUAUGCUCACUUGCAAAGCAAUUGGCUUUUGUCUUCUGCAGGAAGUUCCUAUAAGAAAUCCUGUAUAUCUCAUGCUAGGUACAUCCUUUGGUUCAGCAGCAAAAGGAACUGGGCUUAAGGCUCUUGAAUUUGCCCUGUCUAUGUGUGAUUCGGUGGAUAUGUAUGGUUUCACUGUGGAUCCUGGUUAUAAAGAAUGGACAAGAUAUUUCUCCGAAUCACGUCAAGGCCAUACCCCGUUGCAUGGGAGAGCUUAUUAUCAGAUGAUGGAGUGCUUGGGACUUAUCAAAAUUCAUUCUCCCAUGCGAGCGGAUCCUAACCGUGUUGUCAAAUGGGUUCCAAACCAUCAUGUUAUAAGGGCUGCUAGGAUUGCAUCAGAGAAAUUAUUGAGGAGAGUUGGUGCAGGAUCUGAAGAUCCACUGGGUGCAUGUUCUAUAAUUAAGAGGCAAGUUAAAAGAAAUCUAAAUGCAGUUUCAAAGCUUAGAAAGGUGGCACUUGAUCAUAUAAGGUAUCUGAAGGGCACAACCAUGUAUCCUCUGGAGCAUAGUCCUGGACACGGAUUGCUUUGCACUGUGCCAACUGAUUGAACUGCACUGAGAUUUUACGCGAUCAGCUUGUGUUGUCGGAGAGCAUCUAACCUCCAGAUUUACAAAAUUUUCUGUUUGUUAAUCUUUGCAAAAUAUAUGUCAUUAACAGGAAAAAAAUGGCCAUGAAGCUUCCUUCUCUCCACCGAUGCGGUGGCAAAUCAACAAAAUAUUUUUAAUCUUUCUCAUUCUUUUCUUCUUUUUGUUUUAAAACUUUAUAAGGACUUGGAUAUGGUUAGGGAGGAGAUGACAGAACAGCUGGGAUAAUUUUGUGGCACCUGUACUGCUUAGUUGAACAAUAGUGAUUUGAGCUGUAAUGAAUCCAUUUUGUUUUUCUUCGAAUAAUGAA